UUCUAUCACAUUAAACAUUGACACAUGGUCAUUAAAUGUAUAUACUACCAGUGAUGCUGGAGGACAUUCUGAAUAAUCUCUUGAUUUAAACAAUGUUUUUAAUAAGUUUAGUUAUGCACAGUGGCCAUUCAGUUUUGCUUAAAACACACAUUUUUUUACUUUAGGUCUGACAGUUAUAUUAGUUUUCAUUAAGCUUCAUUGUACUUUUCUCUUUGCUUUUAGGUUAACAAAAACAGUUGAAUAUAGAGAAGAAGGCUGCAUAUCAGUUGAUCAACUACAUCAUCUUUAUUCAGAAAGUUGUAGUAAAGACUCAAGUGUGAGAUUAUUGUGUAAAGACAAAUUUUCUAAUGUAAUCACAAAAGUUUUUCAAGAUGUAAAAAGACGGCGACAAUACAGAAAUGGAAUCCAAUGUGUAACAUACAAUUUAGGAAUCAGAUAUAACCUGCCGAGAGAAUCAUGUAGUGAUCUAGUAAAACUUCCACAAGAAUGCACUGUUUUAUCCAACAAUCAGAAAUUGCACCUGAAGUAUCCUCUGCAGACCUUAAUCAAUGGGAAGUUCCAAUAUACAGAAUUCAUAUUUAAGGAAGAGUUUCAACUAGUCAUCAGAGGUCAUGUCAUAGAUCAUGUGCAUCAUGGCAUUGAACGCAAUCCAUCCAGGAACAAUCAAAGUAUUAAUGACCUUGUUUAUGCCACACAACAAUUCAGACUGUGCAAAGGGAAUGUGGUGGAUGACAGUUCUUCAUAUAAACCAUCAUUCAUAGUGAAGGAAUCUUGGUCCCUUGUUCAUGAUGAAAAUUCCCACACGUUUCACAUCAGGUCCAAAUCUUGUAACAUUGUACUUGACUGUCUGUCUGUUGGUGAAAGAUGUGCCAAAUGUAACAGAUAUUUAAAGAGGGCCAAGUGUAUCGUUAACAAUGCACAAGCACACAAGGUGAAAACUGAAAGUCAGAAGACCCCAUGUCACACUCCUCCUCUGCCUGAACCAUGUGAAGCAAACUGUGAUCAAACCAGUGACCUCCUACCAACUAUUAACUUGGUUCCACAAGAUCAUGAAGAUUUGUUAAAAAUAUUAGAAUCAGAACUACCAAAUGCGCCAUCAAACUUCAAAAUAUUACUGGAAUCUCAGGUUCAAAAUGCAAGAACAGGAUUGGAUGUACAUCGUCGGAGAUGGGAUCCAAAAGUCAUUACGAUCUGCCUAUCUAUGUAUUGUAAAUCUCCUAAGGCUUAUAGCGACUUCAAAGGAAGUGGCGUCCUUGUCCUACCAUCCCAGCGCCUUCUUCAAUAUUACAAGAAUUCUGUCAAGCAGUCUCCAGGAAUUAAUGAGGAGCAUCUUACCUGGAUGGAAGAAGAAGCCAAGAAGAAUGGAAUAGAGGGUUUUGGUCGUCAUGGUGGUUUGCUCCUGGACGAAAUGCAAAUUCAAGAUGAUCUGCAGAUUGUCCGUCGUGGGAGUGACUGGUCCCUUGUUGGUGCAGUUGAUGUCGGGCCAUUAUGUAACAACAUAAACAUCCUCAUCAAGAAGAAAAAGAGUGUACAAAUGGCAACACAUGUCCUGCAAUUUGUAUUUCAUGGCUUGUAUGGCUUUAGAUGGCCAGUAGCUUAUUUUGGUACCAACCCAGGGUUGUCACAUCAAAUAUACUUCAACUUUUGGAAGAUUGUAGAGGCCUUGGGUGAUCACGACUUCAUCGUUGAUUAUGUCAUGCUGGAUGGAGCUUCCACUAAUAGGGCAUUUCAGACCAUGCUUCUUGGUACCAAACCAUCACUGUUACGACAAGACCUAUUUCAGACAACGAAUAUCUUUGAUCACCACCAAAUAUCCGUGUGUCAAGAUAUAAAACAUGUCUUCAAAAAGCUCAGAAAUGGCCUGGAGUCCAGCAAACUAAACUUCAAGUCUUCAAAAGGACGUUACCUUCUGCUUAACAGCGAGCACAUCAUCUGGGAACACUGGGAAGGGGCCUUUAGAUUCAAUGUCCAAAAUGGACUACGGGUACAUUAUAAACUAACCACAGAACAUAUUGAACUAACAGCAGCCAACAAGAUGCGGAAUAAGUUAGCUACAGAUGUACUGGACAAGAACAUGCUGUACCUGAUGCAGUUGUAUCAGAGGUCUCUUCCUGAUGGUGAUUCUCUUAACAGUACUAUUGAGCUAUUGAAGAUUACCAGCCCCCUUGUGGAUUUGUUUCAUGAUACAACACGGCACGUCAAAAGCCUUCAUGACGAGAGACUAACACAUGUCCGACAAGCCUUAAAGUUCUUCAAUGGGUGGGAAGAUCAGAUUACAAGUUCUACUCAACAUCCAAAUCAGAAACACCUCUUAACAAGAGAGACAAGAGAUGACUUUAACUCCUCCUUGGUUGGCUUCAUAUCUGUGUGUGAAAAUCUGAUACCAAAUGGCGCUACCAUUAAUCCAGGCUAUUUCAAUUCAGACUUGGUGGAGAAUUUCUUUUGCCAACAGCGAGGUGUGUGCCAUGGCUUGAACAAUAAUCCAACCCUGUCUCAAUAUGGCCCUGCUGUGAAUGCUGUCUGUAUAGGCCAAAGUACAGUGUCCAACAAAUGUAACAGUGGAUCAAAAUCACACAUGUUUCGAGCUACAACACCUGGGCCUUUACGGCCGUCUAAGAAGAGAAAAAUGUGCUCAAAGACCAACUGACUCAUUUCAAGCUGAAACUUCAUGCUGCAGUUAUGUAUUGUUCUGAUUUCUGCAUGAAUAAAGACAAUUAUUUACAGAAGCUUCAAGGAAAACGUGCAAAUGCCAUCAGGUUGCAAUGUGAACAAAAAACUGUACCAAUUAUGUGACAAGAUCAGACUGGAAAGGAGAAAUUGUGGUAAAAUUUAGCCAAAAACAUGUUCAAAUUGGCAGAUAUUGCCCGACUUUAAAGCUAAAGUUAGCCCUGUCAGAUAAUUUUCAAGUAUACUCUUACACUAAAGUUCACCAAUUUCUCACUCUUUAUCUAUUGCAUUUAUCAUAGUUCCAAAAUCAUUGUUGGUGUGGGAAUGUUUUUAAGGAGGUCUACUUUGGGAGCAUCGAAGCUCCACCUGGAAGCCUCCAUGUUCCAGUCAUAAACAGUCUUGGACAUAGCAUUAUCUGCAGAUAUUUCCUGAUUAUGCCUUAAAAAAGCAAGUGAAGGUUUGAAAUGGGAAUCCAGCAUAAAGCAGUAAGUAUGGGUGACACUACAAUCAUGAAUUGGCCAUGAUUAUUUUGCAAUAUGGGCUAUAAAAAGGGAAACUACAUGAAAUUUAACAAAACAGGAAGUGACAAUCAGUGGUGAAAGUGGAAGUGUGGACACUUCCAAAGUUAACCGUUUAAUCAUUCCCACACCAACACUGAGUUUGGAACUAUGAUAAAAAUAAUUGAAACAGAGAGAAAAAUGGUUAAUAUUUAAUUUAAGAGUAUGCUUGGUUACUUGAAAAUUGUCUGAUUGUACCAACUUUGGCUGUGAACCUGGCCAAUUUGGGGCAUUUUAGGCUAAUAUUUUACCACAUUUUCUCCUAUGGAUACAUCUACGGUAGUCACAUAAUUGGCAAAAUUUUAUGUCUACAAUGCAACCAGAUGACAUUUGCCUGGUUGAUCAUGUUUCUGUAAAUACCUGUCUUUAAUCAUGCAGAAAUCACAAAGAUUGGGCCUUACUGGAAAAGAUUUGAACUGGGAGCGUGGAGGCUCCAGAUUUGUGGGAGCCUCCACAAUCUAAUCUCUGACUGUUAAACCCAGUGGCACAAAGUGCUCGGACAAUUAUAAGGUUGAUCAUGAAAAGAAAAUGGUUGUAAUUAUUAUCAUGAAUACUCACCUACCACAAUGAUAUAGACAUUGGUACCAACCAAAUUAUUGUUUACUCUAUGAUAUGCCACAUGCAAGUGUAUAGUCUUAUAUUGGUUUGUGAACAGUUUUUUUGUGUUAUGUUGAUAACUUGUUUAUUGCUAUCUUCAUGAUCUGAAUCACAUGAUUGAGAUUGUGGAUAGAACGGGUUGGAACGAAAAAGACAUUCCAUUUUGUUAUUUCUCAUGGAUCAGUGUCAAGUGUUUUUAUCUCCUGAACAGUCAGUUCGAUGUUAACAUGUUAGUCUUGUUAUUUUUUAGUGUUUUUUAUUGUAUUGAUAUAAGUUAAGUAUUGUUAUGACAAUACUAUAACUGUAAAUUCACUUCAAUGCCUGUUCAGUAUUGUUAACUUGUUUUUAACAUUGGACUCUUCAUUGUGAAGUAAUCACAAAUUUAUGACCAUUUAGGCUAAAAUGUAAAAUUUGUAAAAGGUGCUUUGACAUUUAAUGAAAUCAGACAUUUCAGUAUUAUUGGGUGUAGCAAAUAUCUGUAUAUGGUUCCAGUAUCGUCCAUUUAUGUCUUCAAAUACAUGUAAUCAGUUCAGUACUAAUAUUCAAAAGAAUUCCCUAGCAAUUUAUCACUUAUGUUUGUGCCAUGAACAAUUCCUCUUCAGUAUUAUCAACUGUAACUAGGACCUGUUGUUUGAUCAGUUUUUUUGGUGCCAUAAAAAUGCCAGUUCAGUAUUAUAAGAUGUAACAUGUACUGUAGUUUUAUAUCUUAUUUUUAAUACCAGUUGACUAUAACAAAUAUAUGGGUUUUUUAUUUUUGUUUUUGUGACUUCAACAAUGUAAGUUGAGUAUUAUAACUGUAGCUAAUACCUGUUUAUUACUUUCCACUUAAUUAACAGUUAUUUUGUGCGCUGAACAAUCCCAGCUGAGUAUUAUGACCUGUAGCUAGUAUCUAUUGUUUUAUGAGUUAUGAACAAUGCCAGUUCAUUAUUAUAAAAUGUAGUGCAAAUACCUGCAGUUUUAUCAGUUAUUAUUGGACCAUAAAGCCAGUUGACUACUUUUGACUAUAACAAAUAUCUGGGGAGUUUCACAUAUUUUUUGUGCAACUUCAACAAAGCCAUUUCAGUAUUAAAAACUGUAGCUAGUGUCUGUUUUAUCAAUAAUCUUUGUGCAAUGAACAAUGCUAGUCCACUAACAUAUCUAAGUAUCUGUGUUUUUAUCAGUCAUUUUGGUCCACAAGUAAUGUCAGUUUUUCCAUCAUUACUAAUAUUGUUUAUGUAUUAUAAUUGCCAGUGAGUAUUCUAUUUUCUGCAUGGACUGUACCAACUAUUAUGGACUGUUACGUGAUGAACAAAACCGCCCAAAUGGCGUGCUGGUUUUCUUGGGGGAAUUAGUCAGCAUAUAGGAAAACUUAGUAUAAAUAUUAUAUCAUGAUACAACUAUGGAUUGUUAACAGUAGCCACAUUUCUCAUGCUCACUGACAUUACCAUUGUAGUACAUGUAUCGUACAAUUGUAGCUAGUUAGUCGUCAUAUUACACUUUUACACCAUGUACACCGUUACAAACAGUAGGUAGCUAGUAAAUAUAUAUACUUAACGACUACAAUAAAUAAAUUAUUAAAUAAUUUUAGAACCUAACUACCAGCUCAUCUUACUGUUUGUUAUGUGCAGCUAUGCACUUGAUGUAUAACAAAAUCAAUGUUAUCUCCUAAUAUUUAGACACAUUUAUGCCGCUAGGCAUAUUUAUGAUUUAGGUAUAAUGAGAGGGUUGUAAACUAGUAAAGUAGGUUGUGAAAAUUUAACAUUUUUUUAGAUCGCAGGGUGCUUGCUCAAUUUUGUUGUAUGUAGAAAAUGUUUAUUUUGAAAUUUAUUCCGUCCCUUGCAAUAAGUUAAUACCAUAUUUUCUGACAUUGUCUCAAUAUUUUUUUAUAUUUUGUGACAUAUUUCAUGUUUAUGAUUACUUCUUAUGUAGAUGUAGAGUCAUUCAUGACAAGUCAUUAUAAUACAAUGAAACAGGCCUUCAGCUACAAUCAAAGUGUUUUGUUG